GUUUGUCGUCGGGUUAGGUCUCUGAUUUGGUUGCCUACACAUCAAAGAAGCGACAACGUUUCGAAUAAACUCUUGAGAGAGAAGAGAGCGAGAAUGAUAGAGGAAGGUCCACCAGCUCCGAAGGUUCUCCGUAUGGUCUACUUCGUCGGCGCCGGAUUUUUAUGUACAUUCGCGAUCAACAAAUGGCUUGAGAUGGAGAAAAAAUCAAAUCUGAAACAGCAGCAGCUGGAGAAGAAGAAUCAACAAGGAGAUGGAGCUUUGUUUCCUUCAGAUUCGGUUCACAAAGCUAUGAAAUAAGAUCAUCUUCAUCUGUAUUAUUGAUUUUGAUCCAGAUGCAAAAGAUAUCGCAACUCUUUAAGUACUAUUAUACUAUCUUUGACCUCAAAGUUUGCAUUAUCUCUCGAUUUUUUUGUUUGCGUUUCCAUAAAAGAUCCGCAGUUGUGAGAUUUGGACACAAUGGUUUGCUUGCUGCUUGUGCACACAGUACAAAAGAUUGUUGCUUGUCUUGA